CAUGAAUUUCCGAGAGCAUUCAAGGAAGCUUCACAGAAAGCUCUACCUCCUUUCCCGGCUGUUUCAAUUUUUCCCGCUUUUCCAUUUCCGCUUUCCGCUCCUUUUAUUCUCCUUUUUCACUGUCGGAAUCUUCCCACAUGCUCUCCAAAUUUCACUCAAUCAAAACAGUUAACAGUUGGCGUUGUUAAUUUCCAGAAUCAGAUCAGAUCUGAGAUAGUAUAUUUUUAUACUGAUCAUUGAUUAAUUAAUUAAUUAAUUAAUCAUUGCCUUACGGAGCUGUAGAUUCUAGAACAAACACAUAGCGGGAGAGAUGCAGGCUCGGUACAUCGGAGCAUCAAACGGUAUGGCGGCGAGGGAGAAACGGAGUUUGGAUGCGAGCACUAGCGAGGAAGGCCAGCCUGAUCGGAAACGCCCUGCUCUUGCCAGUGUUAUUGUCGAGGCUCUAAAAGUGGACAGCCUGCAGAAGCUUUGCUCUUCCUUGGAACCAAUUCUUCGAAGAGUUGUUAGUGAAGAAGUGGAGCGUGCCUUGGCAAAACUGGGUCCUGCUAAAUUAAAUGGAAGGGUUUCUCCAAAAAGAAUUGAGGGUCGUGAUGGAAGAAGUUUACAGCUUCAGUUCAGGUCCAAGCUGUCACUGCCUCUAUUUACGGGUGGAAAAGUGGAAGGAGAGCAGGGUUCUGCAAUCCAUAUUGUCUUGCUUGACGCAAAUACAGGCCGUAUUGUAACAUCAGGUCCAGAAUCCUCAGCUAAAUUAGAGAUUGUUGUUCUUGAAGGUGAUUUCAACCACGAGCAUGAUGAAGACUGGACUCAAGAAAUAUUUGAGUCUCAUAUAGUAAGAGAGCGAGAAGGAAAGAGGCCACUCCUUACUGGCGACUUACAAGUGGUUUUAAAGGAAGGUGUUGGAACCCUUGGAGAGCUAACAUUUACCGACAACUCUAGUUGGAUUAGAAGCAGAAAAUUUAGACUUGGUUUGAAAGUUACAUCUGGUACCUCUGAGGCUUAUCGGAUCCGCGAAGCAAAGACUGAUGCCUUCAUAGUCAAGGAUCACAGAGGAGAAUUAUACAAGAAACAUUAUCCGCCUGCACUUAAUGACGAAGUUUGGAGAUUGGAAAAGAUUGGGAAAGAUGGGUCAUUCCAUAAGAGGCUUAACAAAGCGGGAAUACAUACAGUAGAAGACUUCUUGCGAUUCGUAGUGAGGGACCCACACAAACUUAGAAAUAUACUCGGAACUGGAAUGUCAAAUAAAAUGUGGGAAGUCCUCAUAGAACACUCGAAGACCUGCGCCCUGAGUGGAAAACUUUACAUCUACUAUCCCGACGAGCCAAGGGACGUUGGCGUCAUCUUUAACAAUAUCUACGUGUUCAGCGGUUUGAUUUCUGGUGGACAAUUUCUUUCAGUUGAUUCUCUUUCCGACAGUCAAAAGGGAUUUGUGGACACGUUGGUGAAGAAGGCAUAUGACAACUGGAUGAAUGUCCUAGAAUAUGAUAGCAAAUCUCUUCUGGGAUUCGAUCAGAAUAAAAGCUCUCCCUUUGAGAACGAUCUCAGGAUACACACACAAGAUCAGCUCAACUCUUUUGAUCAGCUUAGUGUACCUAUUCUCUCAGCUUCAAUUCCUCCUCAAAAUCCUUCUGUGAACCCCGGAUUGACCAUUGGAGGCUAUCAUGACAAUCUUGGAGGUCGUUAUCCUAUACAGCCACAAAAUCCGAAUCUCCAUGUUGCUCUGCAGUUAGACGGCACUUCAUUUCCUCAUGACCAGCUGGCUCUUGGUCAACCAAUCUCAACCACGGCUAGCUUCCCAACCGCCAGCACAUCAAAUGUUACCUCUUACAGGGGUUUCGAAGACAUUCCCGAGGAUGAAAUCCGUGUAAGAAGUCACGAGAUGCUCGAACACGAAGACAUGCAACAUCUACUUCGUAUGUUCAGUAUGGGUGGUCACACACCCUUCAGUGGAAACGAGCAUAAUUAUUACUCGGCUUAUACCCCUGCGACACCUUCAACAUUCGGUUUUGGGGAGGGUCGUACGCGUUCGUCUGGAAAAGCUGUUGUUGGGUGGCUCAAACUUAAAGCAGCACUAAGGUGGGGCAUUUUCAUCCGGAAGAAAGCUGCUGAGAGACGAGCACAAAUUGAGGAGCUUGAUGAUUUUUAGGUAUUGCUCUCUUUUCUAUCAUGUUUGUGGCAUGUCGAAGAGUCGUCCAUGUUGUAAAACGACUUUUUUGUCCCUGUGCGAUUUCGAGUCCAUGGUGGUGGGUAGAAAGCCUCUCUCUGGUUGGUUGAACUGAACAAAGGGAUAAUCUUAACGUCGAUCUUGAGUGAGUAUAAUAAGUAAGUUCUUAUCGAUUAGUGCAACUUGAAAGAAGGCCUAGCUUUCGUUCUAAAAGUAGCAGGUGUGUUUUUUGUAUUUAUUUACUGUUUUCUCCUCACAGGUUGUCGCGUCAGCGUCUAACAUCGUAAAUGAUGUCUCGUUGUCUCGAAUAAAAGCUGUUGUAAUUUUUAUAGUAGAAGUGUGCUUAGGUGAUUGAGUUUAGACGGCCCAGAAAUCUGGCUCCUCUUAACAAAAUAAUGUUGCGUGAUUUUGAGUGAAAUGUAUAUGAAAUCAUUUUCUUUUGCUUCCAAUAUUUAA